AUGCAAAGAUUGCAAUCCUCCGACAUCACCUUGUCCGCCGACCCUCUCGAUGACAGAAUGGAAACCGAUCUCUCCGAGUUUGAGGAAUUCGUGAGAACAGCAAGCGGUGCUCUUGCCGCUGCUGCCUCUAGGGGAGACUACGAGAUGAAAGAUGAACCAGAGCUGAAGAGAAAACUUCCGAGCUGCAACCAAGUCUUGAGCGAAGAGGCCAGGAACGAGAAAUAUGGCUGCCCUGCCCGAGCAAGGCAGAUCGAGGCUCUGAAGCACUCUAUCGAGCUUCUCAGCAGAACAAAUCGACCUACUCUCAUUACUGCCCUUGGAGACGAAAUCAGAUUGUAA